GACGGAACACGGAGUCCGCUCUAUCUCAGCGUAUAAAGGAACCAACCUGGGGGCUGAUGACUGGAACAAGCGAAAACAUCGCCACGGUCAAUGGUCACGGACACGGAGAAGAUCUUCCGUGAAUCCGCUCGGUUUUUGAAAGGCUAUCAAAGGCUAUCAAAGGCUACUCUCGAACAAGACGUCGAAUCCAGUGUUUUAUGGAUUAUGUAUCCCGACUUCCGCUAACAGGGUCGAAGAGCCAGUGGUUUGUUCGGAAAGUCAUUCCAUCUUCCUUUCACCGACUAUUCCUAUCUGAGCAUGUGAGGCUGGAUUCCUUCUUAGGCGCCAAGUUCUCUUUCUUCCGGGAAAGCACAUUUGCACGCGGGACGAAGAGGAGCGGCAUUCGUCGGCAGACCGUGGAUAUAGAAGUUCGCCUGUGUACGCCAGCCUACUGUAACUUACAAAUUCUGUGGGAUUUCCAUGCGCAUUGCAUAUAAGUAGAGGUUUGGAGCAAAACUAACUUUCGCCUCUCUUCAUCGGGAGCACCGCUUCAUCUUCUCGUUCUUCGUACUCUUCCAGUUCUCCGGGAACCCUUGUUUGCCACUUCCAACAUGUCGUUAGAAAAGGUCGACCGUCCCUCCACGGGGUCAUCAUCAUUAACGCCGAAGAUAGAGGAAAAGGAGCCUGUCGUGCUUACCGAAGCAAAAGGUGUCCCCUCCAGUACAAGCGAAGAUGGUGUAGUGCCCAUAGACGAAAAGAAACUCGUCAGAAAGAUCGAUUGGGUGCUUAUACCGUGGCUAUCGUUCUUGUAUCUUAUCGCUUUCCUCGAUCGGUCAAGUAUAGGCAACGCAAAGCUGUAUAACAUGGAAACUGACCUCCACAUAACGGACACUCAAUAUUUGAUUUGCUUGUCUAUAUUCUUUAUACCGUAUUCGCUAUUAGAUGUUCCGUCGAACAUCUUCCUCAAGCGGCUACGUCCGUCAAUAUGGCUGUCUUCGAUAAUGCUACUAUGGGGAGUCAUGAUGACUAUUCAAGGAUUGGUCCACAACUUUGGGGGCCUCUUCGCCAUGCGAUGGAUGCUUGGCACAUUCGAAGCCGGCCUCUUCCCGGGAGUAAAUUACUACUUGUCCUGCUGGUACAAACGCACAGAAUUUGGCCUUCGUGCCGCUCUUUUCUUCUCAGCAGCUACUGUGUCGGGUGCCUUCGGAGGGCUAUUGGCGGCUGGUAUUUCAAACAUGAACGGUAUUGGUGGGAAACCUGCAUGGGCAUGGAUUUUUAUCCUUGAGGGCUUGCUAUCUGUUAUUGUCGGCGCUCUCUCUUUCUUCAUUCUUCAGGACUUUCCCGAUACCGCACGCUUCCUUAACGAAAGGGAGCGGGCCUUUGUCAUUUCCCGUCUGCAAAAUGACGGUCAAUUUUCAGCGGGAGGCGAGGAGGCGAGAUGGAAGUAUAUCUGGGACAGCGUCAUAGAUUGGAAGACUUGGGUCGGCAUGAUCUUAUACGCCGGUGCCAACGGACCGCUGUAUGGAUUCUCCCUCUUUUUACCGUCCAUUAUCAACCAACUCGGAUUCCAGGCCACACCUGCAAACUUACUAACAGUUCCGGUUUACGUCGUCGCUUGCAUCUGGACAUGUACUGUCGGAUUCUUGGCUGACCGUUUUGGGCGACGUGGAUACUUCACAAUUGGCUGCUUUUCACUUGGUCUCGCGGCGUAUAUCAUACUAAUCUUGUCCAGGUCCGCAGCCCUAUCGUACUUUGCCGUAUAUAUGGCUGCAUGCGGUAUUUACCCUCUUAUUCCAAAUAUUAUCGCUUGGGUGUCGAACAAUGUUGAGGGAACUUACAAGCGGAGCGUUUCCCUAGGCUGGGUCAUUGGCUUCGGUAAUAUCAACGGCGCUGCCACCUCAAAUGCCUAUCGCGCUCGCGACGCUCCACGUUACGUCCUAGGACACGGCAUCGUCAUCCUCUACAUCAGUUGUGGAUUCAUUGCUGCCAACACGAUGUUCUACUUCCUGCGCAGGGAGAACGCUAAACGUGCUCGUGGAGAACGGGACGAGAUCAUCGUUGGUGUUAAUGACGGCAAACCGGGUAUGAAUUCGAAGAAUGGGUGUUACGAAAGUGUAGAUGAAGCGAGACGGGACAAAGGUGACAAGUGGAGUGGUUACAAGUACACUCUGUGACGAAUGUCCGAGACGAACUACGUAUCCAUAUGUAUACAACAAGUGUAUGCUAGCACAGU